UAUGUAUCCCUAUGUGAAUCUCUUGGUAUUGUACACAUCUUAGUUUUUUAUAUUGUUUGCUCUUCCAUAACAAUGCUAGCCCAUGGUAGUUUUUAUUAUUAAUUUAUUUAUUUUACAAUUUUCGCCUGUAGGGGGGAGAAGGUACCUCCAUCCGCUCUCUCUCUCUCUCUUCUGGCGACCUCUAUGAAACUUUUGUAAAUUAGACACACCCCUAUUAUACAAUAUAAACAAUACAAGGAAAGAUGUCUCUUGAGUGUAUUCACUAUGUUGUUUUGUAGUUUUUACUCUAUUUUUGGUAAUGUAUUGUUUGGAAAUCAAUUUUUAAUAUUUAAGUGAUAAUGGGUAAUAAGAGUAGUAAAAAUUUAAACUAUACUUUUACACGAAAAAGGAGAAAAACACCAAACGAUGGAAGGUUCGGCUCCGAGAAGCGGAAAGCUAAACUAAAAUGCAAAGAAAACAGCAUCAUAAAGUUUGAAGAAAAUCUCCCAGAAUUGAAAAUUCUCGACGAAAAUAUUGAGUGUACCAUGGCAACGAGAAUUAAUACCAAGUAUCCCCCCUCACCAACAAACAAUGAAUCAGACUGCGAGGAGCUAGAUGAGCCCGUAGAUGAUGAUUUUGAAGAUGAUACUUACGAUACCAAGACAAACAAUAAUGGUAAUGGAUUUGCUGAUAUACUAAAAAGGCUUCAGUCGGCCGGUGCACUUUUGAAAAAACCUAAAAAGGAGUACUGUUGUAAAACUUGUGACCAGGACUUUGUUGAUUGGGAAGAUUUGGAAAAUCAUUUAUAUCAACAUGUGUCGCUGCCCUCCGUCGUGCUGGAGAGGCUACCGUCAGAUGAUGAAGACCCGGUUGAUACAGAUGAUGAAAAUUGGUCCGAUGAUGAGGAACUACAGCUUCCACUCAAGCGAGAAGGGAACAAGACGCCGCAAAAAGUUAAUAUUUCCCAGAUCCUUAAUAAGACAGGCCUUACAAUAAAGAAAAGUGACACUGGUAAAAGUUCUGAAGCUGCAUUAAAUAAAUUGAGCAAUUUAGGGUUUACUAUAAAAAAAAGUUCUACACCUAUCAAGAAAGAAGAACAAAAUGAACAAAAUGAUAGUCAAAUAAACAAAAAAGUGGGAAACAUAAGGUUAAAGCUUAAAUCAGAUGGAAAUAAAUUAAAUACAUUUACAGUUGUCAAUGGCUUGAAAGGUUUUAGACCAUCUGAUGACGAUGAUGAUGAAAGUGAUCACGAAGGCGGCAACGAUGACGAAUCUGGCGAUGAUAAGAGUAAAAACAAAAAUCAAGAAGAUGAUGAAGACUUUGAAGGAGACUCUGAUGAUGAACAACUUGUAAAUAUCAGCCGACGGAGUUCAGACAACAGUGAAUCUAGUAAAAAUGACUUACAAAAUCAGAUGAAGAAAUUCCAAGGCAAACAAAUUAAAAUGGAACCUAUUAAAAUACAAAAAGGACAAAUAAGCAAGACCAUUGUGAAGCAAUUACCAUCUAAUAUAGUUGUUAAAUCGGACUCAUCUAUAGAACAGAGCAAAGAAGUUCCUAAAAAGGAGACACCAAUGCCAAAACCUUCGGGGAGACCAUCGGUUAAACAAACACCAAAAAGAGGCCCAAACAACCCUCUACCCAACAAGAGUCAACAUCUCCAACAGUUAAGCAACAGUCCAUCACCAACAAAAGAAGUUCAGAAAACACCAGAAAGACGAGAAUCGCACGAAGUGAAUACAGAAAAUGUAGUAGUCAAACAGGAAAUUUACGACUCUACAGAGACUGAAUCUAAAAAUGUACCACUUCUUUCAAAAGAAAUUAAAUCUGAAAGAACCUCACCUCCCUUGGACAGAGCACCUACGCCUAUAAUAGCUAAGAUCAAAACUGAGCCGGGUGUAUCAAACGUAACUACCGCAACAAAUUCUUCUUUACUGCCAGUUACAAAGACAGAAGACUCUGUCACUAUAAUAGAAAUAAAUGGCGACUCUAACGACGAAGAUGAUGAUUGUUGCGUAGUGUCAUCUACACCUGCACCUGACGUCAAACCGAUUUUAUCCGACGUCAGUGAGUACAUAUCUUUAGAUACUUUGGGCCCUAAACAUACAUGUGAAGUAUGCAAUACUAGAUUUACUGAUAUAUCACUAUUUGAAGAACACAAAAGAAUGACAGGCCAUUCAAACAGUCUCGUGCUACCUUCAUCAUCUACACUCGUACCGUAUAACCCUGCAUCGAAUUUGUUGUCUAGUUUGCUACCAGGUAAAUUAGCAGAACAAGUGGGCAAGUUGUCUACUAUUGGUAACUCAGGUCCAGGUUUUACCCAUCAACAAAACGUGAUGAUAAACAUUCAAGCUUAUCCUGGAGCUGGAGGAGUCAUGCAAACUCCACAGCCUUACAAUGCCUACGCCCCACAGGGCCACAAUCAACAAGGGGGGUACGCACAAUCCCCGAACAAUAUGUACACGUCGACCCCAGGACAGCCCCUGCCAGGACAAUAUCCGGGAUCCGCUUAUCAGCAGAAUCCUGGUUAUGGUCAGUAUCCUACAGCUAUGUCGACCCCUGGAUACCCGACAGCAAUGUCGACAAAUGUUUAUUCAAGUGCAUCCUCGCCGUAUUCGAGUGCAUCGCCAUUGCAAAGCAUGCAGCAAGCUGUUUAUGGACAGAGCGCAACCGGCAUGAUGAACCCGCCACCGGUUACGAUGAUGGGGCCUCCGGGAUCAGCGCCUAAUCAACCUUACUCAUCGGCACCGAGUCCUAACGCCAUGAAACAAUCAAGUAGCAUAAGAAUUCAGAACGUGCAAACCUUUCCUCCCGGUCAUAUAGGCCAGACUAUUAAUCCUGGUCAAACGGCUACGGCAGGCCAGCAGCACGGCUCCAACCAACAACCUAUGAAAACUGUGAACAAAGAAGCGAAUGCGAUGGCUAACGUGUUAGCGUCGCGGGGUAUCAGUGUGAAACAGAAACAGAAGAGCCGUUCCCCGUCGCCGCCUCGCGCUCUGCCUAACUUACCUAACAUACCAGGUGUCAGUAUAAAACAUUCAUCAGGAGCGAGUAAUUUCUCAAUACCAGAAGCUAAGAUAGGCGGCGGAAUGCUAUCCUGUAAGAUCUGCAAGAAGAUGUUUAUGAGUUCGACUUCGUUGUCAGUGCACAUGUCGAAUGCUCAUCCCCAGAGCAAGGUGCCCUCGUUCAAAUGCGACGAGUGUCCCGCCUCCUAUCCCAAGUCGCUGCAGCUGCAACAUCAUAAACGUGUGUUCCAUAAUGUGACAGGACCCGGAAGAGAAAUGGGGCUGCCCGUUGUAGAUCUAUCCCAAGAAGAAAAUCUACAGAGGUUGAGCGAUUUAGGUAUAUACAAUUUCAUUCCGUUAGCGAACCGGGAGCAAGGCAACGGUUGUUUCGGUAUACCGGUGAUAUCAGUUCAUAAUGUCCAGAAUGGGUUGACCAGUGGCCUGCAGGCGCUCGGCGCUGACGGACUUUUAAGUCUUGGUCCUCUCAAGCCAUUACCUAAUUCAUAAAGCAAAAGUAUUUCGUGAUUUUAGAUUUAAGCAUAUUUUAAAAUAAGCAGGAAUCGAGUGUGCAACUAUUUAAAAUAAUCUCUUCGUUGACAGUAGGAUAAGUAUUAUCUCAAAUAAAUUGUAGUCAAUAUUAAUAUGGCAACAAUAUUCAUAAUAACUUGGUUUAAGGCAUGUCCAUUUAGUUUAUUUUACCAAACAAUUCAAGGUCUGUUGAAAAUAUAUGUAAGAAUUAUAUUUUUAUUUAAAUUGUUCAGCCACAAAGUUGUAUAGUUGCUUUCUUAAUCUACCCUCGGGUACUCAACUUCUCUUCCAAAUGACAAUCCGCCUCUGCAUGAUUCUUGGUUCUCCUUGUUUAUCGAAGAAUAAAUGUUAUAUACAAGUAAGUUAUUGUGUGCUAGAGAGAGAAUUAUCAAAAUACUGAUUUGAGUUUAAAGUAAUGCUUUGUAAUAAUGUUGCCAGUUUAACUGUAUUUUCUUACUGAUAAAGGGAAAUUUACAAAAUUAUGUGGCAUUGUCUCAAAAUUAUGUGAUCUAAUUGAGGACUUACUAGAAAAACAUAUUUAGUGUAAAUUGUAGAUAUCUAGCCUUAAGUUUUAUUUUUAAUACCGUGUUUCAAUUUGCUAUUGGCAAAUGUCUCUUUUUAUUUCUUUUUGAUUUCAAGCUAGUGUACGAAGGAAAAAGAUUAAAUAAAUCGUAUAUGGAAUGACCAAGUUUUGCGAGUGGCGGCGCUACUGUCGCUAACAGAGCCGACAAUGUAUGAAUAGUUUUAAAUUCUCAUAUUUCGGCUGUAAUUCCUAUUUUCGCCACGUUUAAAACCUUGGUCAGACUAUAUGCUAUUGAUGUUUUUUUUUUCAUGGACACUUUACUGUUUCAUUUUUGGGCUAUUUUUUUACGUAAGUUAUUUGCCCGUAGCAAUAUUUUUUUUCAUUUAAUUAAAUAAACUUAAAUACUUACUAAGCUUUGUAAAUCGUCGCCAAAUGUUUUUUAAGAUUUAGGUGUAAGAUUAACAAAUUUAUAUUUUGUAUGACAUCUGGUCUUAAGUUAUUCAUUUAAGAAGUUAAAUUACUUUUUUUUAGUUACAGAAUAAUAGACAUUUUUUUUUUCAAUAAAAUUGUUUAAUGUUUUAAUUAAAAUUUAUAUUGUUUUAUAGAAUUAUUGUAUUCUACAAGAGAUUAUUUGAUCUAAGGCAUUGAAUCCAAUAAUGGUUUAAGAUAGUUAAAUCCAUAUCUUGAUAUCAAUAUUUUUUCUAUUGUUCUCUUGACUUGAAUCCCCUAAAGAUGUGUGUCAUGAACUUUUUUGAUUGUAUAAUAGAAACCAAUCUAAAUUUCAGCACAUCUGAAAUAGCUGAUGUUCGCUAUAUUUGUAUUCCUAUAUUUUUAAUUGAUUACUUAUGUAAAAAUGUACAUACAAAGUAAAAGAACUAAAAGAAGUUCAGAUUUAUUAAUAAAAAUAUAACCUGAAACAGUUUCUGAUUCUAUUAUACCUACUUUUGUGUUAAGUUUUUUGAUUAUGGUCCUAAGUUCAAAUCUCGCCAAGUAACUAUGUUUGUAGAUGCAUGUGUACAGUCGGCGGUCUCAAAAGCUACAAUCGUUUGAACAUUUUGAAACGAGACUCGGAACACAAACCAAUGCAACUAAUGUAUAUGAUUACCCAGAACAAAUGCAGUUUGCGGUCAGACAGACAGGACAAUUAUUUUUUAAAUGAGAUUUUCGAAAUCAACAACGCUAUUACGUCAUCUUCACGUAAUCUGAUUUUUUUUCUUUUGAUAUUACAAAUAUUAUAAUUUUGUUAUUGUAUAGAUGUGUGAAACCAAUCCUUGAGUCAAGGUUGUGAAAUAAAAAGCCAAUUUUCCCAUAGUAAUUUAUUUAUUUUACCUUAUAAUCAUAGUAAAGCUUAUGCUGAUAGUAUGUUUCCAUGACUAUUGGUUUUACUAGAAGAAAGACGUAGAAAAAGGUACAUUUUGUUCAAAAAUUUGAGCUCAAAAAUAAAGUAUU